AUGGCGCUGUGCGAGGGCCUGGGCUGCGGGAGCUCUCUGCUCUGGCCUCGGGUGCUGCUCUUCGGAGACUCCAUCACCCAGUUUUCUUUCCAGCCUGGAGGAUGGGGUGCGUCCCUGGCUGACAAGCUGGUCAGAAAAUGUGAUGUUCUGAAUCGUGGAUUCUCAGGCUAUAAUACUAGAUGGGCCAAAAUUAUCCUUCCGAGACUGAUCAGGAAAGGGAAUGCUUUGGACAGCCCCGUAGCGGUUACAAUUUUCUUUGGCGCCAAUGACAGUGCGUUAAAAGAGGAGAACCCCAAGCAGCACAUCCCCCUGGACGAGUACGUGGCGAACCUGAGGAGCAUGGUGCAGUACCUGCGGUCCGUGGACGUCCCCGAGGGCCGGAUCGUGCUCAUCACGCCGCCCCCGCUCUGCGAGGCCGCCUGGGAGAGGGAGUGCCUGGCGCAAGGUUGCAAGUUGAAUCGCCUCAACGUGGUGGUGGGUGAAUACGCCAGCGCCUGCUUACAGGUGGCCCUAGACUGUGGGACGGACGUGCUCGACCUGUGGGCCCUGAUGCAGAAGGACGGUCAGGACUUCGCUCCCUACCUGUCGGACGGCCUGCACCUGUCCCCCCGGGGAAACGAGUUCCUCUUCUCCCACCUGUGGCCUCUGCUGGAGAAGAAGGUGUCCUCCCUGCCGCUGCUGCUCCCUUACUGGCGCGACGUGGCCGAAGCCAGACCGGAGCUCAGUCUCCUCGGAGACGGGGACCACUAG